GAGGCUGGAGGGUGGAGUGGGGGGUGGAACCGGAGAGAGACGGCGCAGUGGAGCAGUGGGAGGACCAUCCCCAUGCCUGGACUUGCUGCUCUUCUGCAGCGCGCAGCUUCGACUGAAGGAAAGCGUGCCGAGGUAGCGAGUGGCGGUUCAGUGCAACUCUGCGAGGACCAGCCGGCCGACACGCGCGCACACACAAAAAGAAGGCCACUUCAAUCCAAGUGCUUGGACUCCAUCUUGAGCCAAAAGCGAGGCUGGAAUGAGCGAGCUCCAUGACGGACACUUUCUCAGCCUUUUCUGCACCUCUGAGUGACAAAGGAGGGCAAAGCAAGACUCUCAAAAGUGCUUCCACGCACCCUGCCAAGAGUUGCAAGGACCUCUACCUCGCCCGGAUCCUGCGCCAGCCCACCUCUCACAGUACCAUGGGUGGCCUUGGGAUUUGAGCUCCGUGCCACUGCUUAUUCUACCUUUUGUGAGCUAAGGAGGGCCCCACCUUCGACAUGGAGGAGGGAUACGAGCUGGACCUGACGUACAUCACGGAGCGCAUCAUUGCCGUGUCCUUCCCCCGGGGAUGCCUGGAAGAGAUCUACGCUCACAACCUGAAGGAUGUCACUCGAAUGCUCAAGUCCAAGCAUGCGGACAAUUACCUGAUUAUCAACCUGUCGGAGAAAAGACACGACCUGUCAAGAAUGAAUCCAAAGACCCUGGAUACGGGCUGGCCCGACAUGCACGCGCCGCCUCUCGAUAAGAUCUGCACCAUCUGCAAAGCCAUGGAGAGCUGGCUCAAUGCGGACCCGCUCCACGUCGUGGUUAUCCACUGCAGGGGCGGCAAAGGGCGAAUUGGUGUUGUCAUUUCAUCCUUUGUGAAUUUCACAGAUGUAUCAGCCAGUGCUGAUCAGGCAUUGGACCGCUUCGCCAUGAGGAAAUACUACGAUGAUAAGGUGUCUGCUCUCAUGACGCCUUCACAGAAACGGUACGUUUGGAUCCUCAACAGCCUCCUAAGCGGAUCCAUGAAGAUCAAUGCCUCCCCUUUAUUCUUGCACUGCGUCAUCCUCCACGGAAUCCCCAACUUUGAGUCCUCUGGAGUAUGUCGACCGUAUGUCAAGGUCUACCAGGGAAUGCAAGCGGUGUAUUCAUCAGGAAUCUAUCACAUCGGUCCAGGCCACAGGGGGCGGAUCUGCGUCACUCUGGAGCCUGCCCAGCUUCUCAAAGGGGACAUUAUGAUGAAAUGUUACCACAAGAGUGAAGUUUCUUCCGAGCGUGACGUGAUUUUCCAGCUGCAGUUCCACACGGGAGCAGUGCAGGGCUACAAGCUGAUGUUCGAUAAAGAGGACAUGGAGGCCGCCAACAAAGAUCCUAGAUUUCCAGAGUACGGCAAAGUGGAGGUGUUUUUUUCUGAGGGACCGGAAAAGAUUCCUGGUGCUGACAGAUGGCAUAACGGCGUGGAUGUUACUGUGGACUACAACACCGCUGACCCCCUGAUCCGCUGGGACUCCUACCAGAACAUGUGUGAUGCUGAAGCACCGCGCUCUCAAGGCCUAAGCCAGGACAAAGCAGCUCCCAAGAAGACCCCCAACGGAGGAGAUACCACGCUGGGUCUGGCAGCCUGCACGACCUCCGCCACCUCCAGCCCCGACCACAGCGAUCACGCCCUUUCUGUCAGCAGCGACUCGGGCCUGUCUAGCACCUCGAUCUGGGCAGACAGACCCACACCUUCGUCCACCUCCGUGACCUCAGUCACCGUCCGCUCCAACCAGGGUCCAAGCCAGCAGGAGAAAGUCCAGCUCCAACGGCUGUUGAGUGGAUUUGGAGUGGAGGACCCCUCACUGGAGGAGAUGGACGAGCCACCCCCAAGGGUGGGUAUCCAUCAGACAGUCCCAGCUCAAGUGCGCAUUAAUGGCGUUCCAUCGAGAGGUCCUCAAGAAAGGGAAACAGACAUCCUGGAUGAUGAGGUCAUAACGGGACAGGAUCUGCAUAGUGUGGACAGCUUUGGGACCUUGUCGUCCUCCUGCCACAAGAGCAGCCAGAACUCUCUCCUCUCAGAUGGCUUCGGGAGUCCUGGAGGAGAGGAGCAGCAAAGCCAAAGCCAGACUCGCCUCCACCACCCGGCACCUUCUCCCAUGGACGACUACGAGAGACAUUACAGUGAAGCUAGGAGGGGCCAUGUUGGCUCCAGGAGCAACUCUGUCGCUACUUCUAACCCCAGCAGCACUUCCGUGCCAAAGCAGCAUGUCUACAGACAGGGAAGCUAUUCCACACAGUCCUGGGUCCGCCAGCAGCAGAUGGUUGCCGCACAACAGUUAAUUUACAUGCCUGAGGAUGGAAAUAAUACAGAAAGGUACCCAGAGAACAAACAAAGGAAUGGUUCACCCAAAGAAGGCCUAACCUUGGAGCAACAGGACACGGCAACGGCUUCUCUGAGAUGCACAGCUCCUCACAAGGAACAGGCAACGCUCAACAAUAACAACAACAACAAACGAGAUGACGAGUUCAAAUCUCUCACCAUGGACAUUGACAACUCCAUUGAUCAGCUCAACCAGCUCAUCAUGGACCUGGACCCCACUUUCAUGCCGCUCUCCAGCCAAAGCAGCUCCAUCAAGAGAAACGGGGGAGCGCACGUAAACGGCUCGGCUUCCAAGUGCUCCAAUGGCAUCGAUCUGCGAUUCUGCGAGAACAACAUGCAGCGGAUCGCUGCCCAGUCCAAUGAAGGGGAUGUCACACGGAGUCUAAGUCGUCAAGCAAGUGAUGUCACAGAUCACUCAAGGUUCUGCAGUUCAGGGUGGACGGGGCCGGAGGAAUACAGAGGAAGUCAGAGGACGUACUCACCCUGUGCACCACAGUCCCAGCAUACCUUGUUGUGCAGGAGCGACAGUGGUGACUACAGGGCGCAAGGUCCAGACACAGACAGUGGUGUUGAAGCCGGGUGUGACAUGACUCCAGCCACGCCCGCCUUCCCGAUAUCUCCACCUACACCCUACGUGAAAAAUAUGUCAGAGUUGACUCAAUCACUCCGGCAAACUCCACCUCCCAGCAUUCAUUCCUAUGGAGGGUUCAGGACAGACCACGAAUCGCAGGGAUAUUCAGAGAUGAUCAAUCAUGCUGGAGUUGACGUGUCAAAUUCCACCAUCAACAUCCCCGGGACACAAAAUGCGACACAUUCUGCCUCAAUUGUUGGGUCCCGUCAGCGGACAGGCGGUCCAUCAGUGACCCAGCAUCCCGUCCUGAACCGUCAAGCCUCUUUGACCAGCUUCCCCUCCAAGAGGCAAGCCCCCCUGCACUCCACAUCACUGGACUAUGGCCACCAACACGUCCACCCGGCGCCAAAUGCCCACAGCUCGCCUCGUAGCGGCCAGCGAAGCCGCAUGGCUAGCUACGCCCUAAGCCACAGUCCUGCCCAAAGCUUCGACGAGCAGGACGACUUAGGUCUAGGCUAUAGUUCGCACUGUCCGACCCCCGCCUUGAUGCUCGGAAACGGGAGUUUGGAAAGGGAUAUCCUCGCCUCCUUGGAUGGGAAUCAGUCGCAGCCCCUCCAGAUGCAACCCCCACAUCUACCCGAGAAGAAGAGGGUAUCAGAUGGAGAACAUGGAGGAACGGCCUCCCCAGUCUUGAGUGGAUUCUCAAGUCCACACAGUGGGAGCUCGCUCAGUAUCCCCUUCCCCAACGUCUUGCCUGACCUGUCGGCUCGGACGGCGACGACCGAUUCACCUCUGCCAGAUGUGCUUGCCAGCAAGCAGGUUACUGUCAAAUUUGUACAAGACACAUCCAAAUUCUGGUACAAGCCUGACAUCUCAAGAGACCAAGCCAUUUCAGUCUUAAAGGACAAGGAGCCAGGAUGCUUCAUUGUGCGCGACAGCCAUUCCUUCAGAGGCGCCUACGGGCUCGCAAUGAAGGUGGCCACAGCUCCGCCCUCUGUUCUCCAGCAGAGCAAGAAAGGCGGAGAGCUUGCCAAUGAAUUAGUGCGCCACUUCCUGAUUGAGUGCACGCAGAAGGGUGUUCGCUUGAAGGGUUGCCCCAACGAGCCCUAUUUUGGAAGUUUAACUGCGCUGGUUUGCCAACAUUCAAUAACUCCCUUGGCCCUGCCCUGUAAACUCAUCAUACCAGACAGAGGUCAAAACGUGCACACACACACACACAUUUGCUUGCAUUGGAUUCUGUUGGAAUAUUAUGUGAAUCCUAUUUUUAGGUUAGACUGUUUCUUUUUCUCUCUAACUUGUUUGCGUAUUUUUAGACCCUCUCGAAGAUGUGGUGGAAAACACGUCACAGUCGGUCACCAACUCUGCUGCAGAACUACUCAAACAGGGAGCAGGUCAUUUCUAAGAGCACUUGGGUUUGGCUUCCACUCCAUGGUACAAGUGACACAAUUUCGAUGUGUGUGUGUGUGUGUGUGUUUGUAUAUAGCCUGUAAUGUUUGGUACCUGGGCUCGGUGGACAUGGAAUCGCUCACAGGAGUCCAGGCGGUGCAAAAAGCCACAGGCAUGACUCUGAGCUCCAACCCCCCUCCGACUUCCACAGUGGUCCACUUCAAGGUGUCUUCGCAGGGAAUCACCCUCACCGACAACCAGAGGAAGCUUUUCUUUAGGAGGCACUACAACGUCAACACGGUCAUAUUCUGUGCUUUGGACCCUCAAGAUAGAAAGUGGAAAAGGGACGGCUGCACCUCAGCAAAGAUCUUUGGCUUCGUGGCGAGAAAAAGCGGCACCUCCAUGGACAACGUGUGCCACCUGUUCGCCGAGCACGACCCCGAGCAGCCGGCCCGCGCCAUCGUCAACUUCGUGUCCAAGGUGAUGAUCGGCUCGCUGAAGAGUAAGUAGGAGGAGCGCCUUCUGCACAAAUGAGGAGCUGCGGACGUGACCCGAUUACGACCGGGACAUUCCGCUGGAUGUGGACUCUCGCGACUUGAUGAUCAAACGCAUGUACAUAUAUAUAUAUAUAUAUAUAUGUGAGUUUUCCAAUGUCAACAUUUAACAGUAAGGGCAUUAACAUUGUUGAUUAAAUGAAUGCUUUUCUCUUAUGAAAUCAGGGAAAAAGUGUUAAAGCAGUGUGCGUGUACAUAAAUUGCUUUCAUGGGAUGGAUGGCGUGCAUAUAUGAUCUAUGCAACCUAAAAAUGUUUAUUUUUUUAAACCAUACUUCACCAUGUUCAGCAUUAUAAGCCUUCCUCUAAGUUCUGUGUGUAUGAAAGCUGUCAACAUUUUCAUGAAAAUGAGUGCGUUUGUGUGUGAGAGAUGAAAAUGAUUUUAAGUAAACCCUAAUAUAUACUGUAUUAUAUAUAUAUAUAUAUAUAUAUAUAUCCCCCCAUGACACGAGCUGCUUACAGUGUCCACUUAUAUCACAACUUGUGCUUUUGUUUGUCCUUUUGGCGAGGGCACAUUCAAACUGUAUCCCACUUGAUGAUUAUUUUCAGAAGUGUGGCACAGUGAGCCUCCCACAGCUUAUAACCACAUUCAACAUUUUCAUGAAACACUUCAAAAUAGUUCUAGAAAAUAAUCUGUCUGUAACAGUUUUUUUUCAAAACUCAUUGAAGUCCAUUUCUUUCAAGCUGAGCCCUACUUUGAAAAACAACAUACAGCUACUGUACAUUGUUGUCACCUCUUGUUAAAUCGCCAUAUUGCCAUAAGUGAAGUUAGCUGAGCAUGUUUGUCAAGGAAAAAAACAAAUAUUUAUGUCAAACUGUAAAACCUCUCUCUCAGCCCGCCCCCUGAAAAAAAGAAAACAAAUGUUCCA